UCUCGCUCUGUCCGCACCAAAAAAAGUUCUCAUUUUUUCCUCUUCUGCUCUGCUCGCUCUCUCCCCUGUUCUCUCUGUGUCUUUUGGUUUGGAUUGAAACUGCACAAUCCCACUGGUUCUGAAACACGCACUCCCGCACAGACGGCACGGCCACAGCACCGCACACGUCCAUCAUGCUCCGUCUUCCUCCAUCGUCUUCUCCAGUCCAACCCACCUAAGAACACAACCCCAGAAACACACACGCGCACGCACACUGUCUCUCUCUCUCUCUCUGUCCGGGUUUUGGUUUUUCUUGUUUCUAAAUAUAAAUGGGUUCUGCGACGUCGUCGAUGGCGGCCAAGUUCGCCUUCUUCCCGCCGACCCCGCCGUCGUACGGACUCCGCGCGGACGAGUCGACGGGGCAGCUGAGGAUGAGCGACGCGGGCCAGAGGGACGACGUGGAGGUGAUGAAGCUGCGGACCAGGAGAGGGAACGAGAUCGUCGCCAUGUACGUGACGAACCCGUCGGCCUCCAUGACCCUCCUCUACUCCCACGGGAACGCGGCCGAUAUCGGCCAGAUGUACCACAUCUUCGUCGAGCUCAGCCGCCAUCUGGGCGUCAAUCUCCUCGGGUAUGACUAUUCAGGGUAUGGACAAUCUUCGGGAAAGCCAAGCGAGCAGGACACAUAUGCUGACAUAGAGGCGGCUUACAAGUGCCUUCAAGAGACGUACGGGGCGAAGGAGGAGGACGUGAUAUUGUAUGGUCAGUCGGUUGGAAGUGGACCUACUCUAGAGCUUGCAAUACGGUUGCCUUGUUUGAGGGCUGUAAUUCUACACAGUCCAAUCUUGUCCGGUCUUCGAGUCAUGUAUCCCGUGAAGAGAACAUUCUGGUUUGACAUAUAUAAGAAUAUUGACAAAAUUCCUCUGGUUAACUGCCCGGUUCUGGUCAUUCAUGGAACUGAAGAUGAUGUGGUAGAUUGCUCCCACGGCAAGCAGUUGUGGGAGCAGUGCAGAGAAAAGUAUGAACCAUUAUGGCUCAAAGGAGGGAACCACUGUAAUUUGGAGCUCUUCCCCGAGUACUUGAGGCAUCUCAGGAAGUUCAUAUCCGCCAUCGAGAAACUACCUCGUGUUCGCGAUGUAUCUGAACAAAGUACAGAUAAUUCUGAACUUCCUCUGAUUGCCACUGAAGCGAGUAGAGAUAAGUCCAGGCUAAGCACAGAUCAUAAGGAGAAAUCAAGGCUGAGCACUGGGCAGCAGGAUAAGGCAAGGCUAAGUACGGACAGCAGAGACAAGUCAAGAUCCAGCACUGACAAGAGAGAAAAAUCAAGAAAGAGUGUGGAUCGGCUCAUGAAAUCCAGAAACAGCACAGAUCAGCCGGAGAAAGCUAGGAACAGCUUUGACCGAUUGGGAGAUAUGGUGAGGUCGGUCGGGUUGUGCAAUGUCGAUUGCUUGAAGCCAACAGCUUUAGAGGCCUGAGCCUGAGGAAAGUGCCAAUGCUUGUGACAACUUGUGUACAGAUACUCCCUUUUGCCGAUCGAGUUUAUUUACCUGGUUCCAUUUGAUAUUCAGAUAUCUUCACGGUGCUUCGGUGCAAACGAAUAAAGAGUGGAAGGAUUAGAUGAUUAUGCACUUUGCUGUUGCUAUGGUGAUUGCAAUUUCAUUUAAAGAAUGGGAUCCAGAGAUCGGGUGAUCUCUAGAUUCUCUAGUCAUUUAAGUACUUGUUUAUACACGUACUCAGCAUCUUUGUUUAUACACCUACUUGGCAUCUUUUACUGUUUUCCAA